AUGUCUGAGGGAAACAACACUUCAUCUGGUGGUUAUCCAUCAUCUGGUGACUAUCAGAUUGACAUGGACGCUAUUCUUUGGCAAUCUAUCGUAUCGACACCCGACCGUACCAUCUGGUGGAGUGUCUUCGCCUUGGUACUUCAGUCUGCUAUUGUUAGCUCGAUCGUGACAAAAACGUUUAUGUACUUUGAGUAUUUUCAAAAAAGCGAUAACCCAUUAUUUCUGGUAUUCAUAGGUUCUGGUUGUGUAGUGACUCUAUGCACCCUUGGAUUGACUUGUGCAGAGAACCACCAACUCAUAUUCCACGCGCAAACAGAAUUUCACACCAUUUUCCGAUUUUUGUUUGUAGGCGAUCAGACUAUCCUGUUGAUAGGUGCUAUAUUCAAUCUUGCAGCAGGAUCGUACUAUUCUUUUAGGGCAUGGAAGAUGUGCGGCAGUAAAAUGUACAUGACUCCUCUGUUCUUUGUGAUCCUCGUGGCACCCUUUGGAUCUGCUCUCGCUACCGUUAUCAAAGGAUAUCAAAUGCCUACGCUGGUGGUACAAAAUCUUCCACUUCUUUCCGGCUUUUUUGACGACUACGUUCGUAUUUCCAAGAUAUGGGGUGCUUUGACUCUCGCUAUGGAUUCUACUCUAUGUUUUAUCUUAACGGUUUUAUUAUUCCGAUCAAAAGAUACUGUAUUUGCCAGGGAGACCAGAAUAUUCCACAAGCUAUUUGCAUUGAUGUACGAGUCUAUGUUGCCACCUGUCAUCUUCCUCUUUAUCCUCGAAUGCGCAGAACAGGUAGCAGGCUCACCUACCACCGACUGGCGAAAAUUUACUGUCACCUGUAUCCCGAUAUUAUAUUUCCAUUCAGUACUUUCAGCGCUUGUUAGUCGACAGACCAUUCGUGGUUUGUUAGAUUCCAAAUUAUCCUCGCAAGGCAUAUCUGUGUUGUCUUCAGGACAUACAGGAAGUGGUAGUAGCAAGAAUUAUUACAAAAGUUAUCCCUCUACCGACGUUUUAACUUCGAAAAGAGCGGAAGAAGGUGGUAUUGAGAUGAAAGGAGAUUAUGAAAGUCAAAGUCAAGUUUCAGUCGGUGGUCCAAUGGUCAAGGUGGAACAGAAUCUGGCUACUUCCGAACCUGAUUCAUACGCUUUGAAUCAUCCUCACUUAUCUCCAAUAGAUGACAUCUCAACAGUCAAUCGAGAUCGAUCAAACAGGGUCGCACCACCCGUCGAAGGUCUAGAUGAUAUUUCAUAUGGUCUUAGUGUCAACCGUCCAUGGAAUAAUCCUUCUGGACGUCUCAACUAG